CCCAGGCACCACUGCCCUUCUCUCCGGCGUACGGUCAUGCCCACGUUAUCCACGUGCAUGGCACGUGCGCUGCCUUUUCAUUAAUGGCUCCACUGGCUCGCGUCUGUGCCCUUUCGAAAGCAGCGCAUCCGUCGCCUUUCCCCUGCAAAUCAGAGCUGCGAGGAGACGAGAACGGAUCGAAUUGAAUUGAAUCGAAUCGAAGGUGUUCGAGAUGCAGAUGGAGAGCCCGUCGGCCUUUCGGUACAUGGGGCGGAGCUACAGCGACGGAGGAGAGUCAUCCGGCGCUUUCAGUGAGUGCAACAGCGACUGCUCCGGCGAGAUCCCUUACUCUGGGUCGCCUACCUCCUCUUCUUCCGCUUCCUCCGGCGGACUUCAGAGGAUUCUCCUCGCCGGCGCCGCCGAUUACUCCGAGGAGAUGGUCCGCGGCCUCAUCUCCGAUCUCGAGUCCCCCUCCGCCCCUGUCGAGUCGCAGCGCCGCGCCGCCAUGGAGCUUCGCCUCCUCGCCAAGCACAGCCCCGAGAACCGGUUGCGCAUCGCCGCCGCCGGCGCCGUCGGACCGCUCGUCGCGCUGCUGUCCCACCCGGAUCCCCUGUUGCAGGAGCACGGCGUGACCGCGAUCCUCAACCUAUCGCUUUGCGAUGAGAACAAGGCCCCGAUCGCGGCGGCUGGCGCUAUCCGCCCCCUCGUCCGCGCCCUCUGCACCGGCACGGCGACCGCCCGGGAGAACGCCGCGUGCGCCCUCCUCCGCCUCGCGCAGCUCGACGAGCUCCGCGUCGCCAUCGGCCGCUCCGGCGCGAUCCCGCCCCUCGUCUCCCUGCUGGAGUCCGGCGGCCCCCGCGCGAAGAAGGACGCCGCCACCGCCCUCUUCGCUCUGCUCUCCUCCCGCGAUAACAAGAUCCGUGCCGUCGAGGCCGGAAUUGUGAGGCCGCUGCUGGACCUGAUGGCCGACCCGGACUCCGGCAUGGUGGACAAGGCAGCCUACGUGCUGCACGCUGUGGUCGAGAUACCGGAGGGCCGGGCGGCGGCUGUGGAGGAGUACGGCGUGCCAGUGCUGGUAGAGAUGGUGGAGACCGGCACCCCGCGGCAGAAGGAGAUCGCCGUCCGAUCCCUCCUCGAGAUCUGCAAGGGCAGCGCCAUCCACCGGAAGAUGGCCGUCAACGAGGGCGCCAUCCCGCCCCUCGUCGCCCUCUCCCAAUUCGGCACCAAGAAGGCGAAAGAGAAGGCGGAGGAGUUGAUUGAGUUACUGAGGCAACCCAGGGCGGCUAGCGACUCACACCGUUAGUCGACACGUGGCGGAAUCAGACACAUGGGACUGGGGAAGGGUUUGUAAAUAUCGUGUACAUCGAAGAAACUUUUUGCUGCUUUUUUCUUUUUUCUUUUCCUUUUCAUUUCGAUAUGGUUAAAAAAAAAAUAAAAAAAUAACUCGAGAAAAUGUGGGAUUGUUGGUUUUCUGAUUCACGGCUUGGGUUGCUUGAUGGAGAAUGACGGCAUCGAGGAAGAUAAACUACAAAAAAAAAUGAUGUUUUUUUUUCCAACUGCGUAAGCUGUAAAAAGUUCUCGCCAUUAACCAUUAAUGAGAAUUUUAAUUUCUUGGUGUUUGGAGGAUUACA